AUGAUGAAGCUCAUCGCUGUCUUGUUGGUUGUGGUGUUAGCCACCGCCACCACCGCCACCGCAGCAGAUGCGGAUGCUCUUCAAGAUCUUUGUGUCGCAGACUAUGCUUCUGCAAUUUUAGUGAAUGGAUUCACAUGCAAACCAGCUUCCAAAGUAACCGCAGAGGAUUUCUUCUCCAACCUCCUAGUCAAACAAGGUGCAACAAACAACACAUUUGGUUCCUUAGUAACAGGAGCCAAUGUUCAGAAAAUCCCCGGACUCAACACUCUCGGUGUUUCUAUGGCAAGAAUCGACUACGCACCCGGUGGACUCAACCCACCUCACACUCAUCCACGCGCAACAGAGAUGGUGUUUGUUCUCGAAGGUCAACUAGAUGUCGGGUUCAUAACAACAACGAAUCAAUUGAUUGCAAAAACCAUUGCCAAAGGUGAAACGUUUGUGUUUCCUAAAGGUUUGGUUCAUUUCCAGAAGAACAAUGGUUGGGAACCUGCUACUGUUAUUGCAGGGUUUAAUAGUCAAUUGCCAGGGACGGUUAAUAUUCCUCUUACGUUGUUUAAUGCUACACCACCUGUUCCUGAUAAUGUUUUGACUCAAGCUUUCCAAAUUGGGACUAAAGAGGUUCAGAAAAUCAAGUCUAAGUUUGCUCCUAAGAAGUAA